AUGUCAGCCACCAUGUGGAAAGAAUUUUGUAAACAAUUUAUUGAAGGACAUAAUGAUAUUAUGCCCGAAGAAGUGCAAAAAGAACUUUGUAAUGGGCAGAUCAAAUUAUUGGAAUUUAUGGAACAUUUAGGGCCUGAAUUACAAAAUAAAGACAACAGUGUAAGAGGCAGGGCCACCCAAAUUGAUAGGAGAUGUACUACAUUCUAUACCUACAGAUAAUGACACUCUUUCUCAACAAGAGGUGACUGUACUAUGCAGAUUUCUGUGUGAUAAAUUAUCUGAUCAUCAUUCUAUACAACCACCAGCAAUAUAUGGUUUAUUAGCAUUGGUUAAUUAUGAUAACUUGGCAGAAGGCUGUGCUGAAGAAAUUUGCAGGCAGAUUUUCAAAGAAGUGCAGAAUCAGACCUUGAGUCAAUCAGAUAGAAAUAAUGUGUAUAAGAUAAUAUAUCUGUUGCUGUCCAAAAGACUUGGUGAAUUACAAUCUAUGAAGAGUGAUUUUGUUCAUGGAUACAUACAAACUAUGGAUGCAGAGAAAGAUCCUAGGAAUUUAAUUCUAGCCUUCCAGAUUGCACGGAAAAUUAUUGAUAACUUUUCUCUUGGAGUGUUUGUAGAAGAGAUGUUUGAAGUAGUGUCUUGUUAUUUUCCAGUCAGUUUUUCACCACCACCAGACAAUCCUCAUGGUAUAACCAAGCAAGAUUUAGUAUUGUCUUUAAGGUCCUGUCUGUCAGCUACACCAUUAUUUAGUGAAUAUUGUUUACCAUUAUUAUUAGAAAAAUUAACCUCAGAUAUAACUUCAGCACAGAUUGAUUCCUUACAAACUUUGGCAGAAUGUGCCCCUGUGUAUGGUACAGCAGCAUUAAAGGAAUAUAUAUCGUCAUUUUAUUCUUGUCUCAGAAAAGAGGUAGUAGAUGGUGAUAGUGAAGAAGUAAAGAGAGAAUCAUUAAAAUGUCUGUCAUGUUUAAUAUCAACUUUAUCUACGGAUAUUACUGACAUCUCUUCAUCAUCAGUUUUAAAAUCUUUCAUUGAGGAAAUUUUCUCUGAAUACAGAAUCUACAUAUUAAAAUCAGAUGUCAAAAUAUUAUAUAAUGCCAGUUCCUUGCUACACUGUAUCUGUGAUGCCAACUCUAUAGCUUGCUGUAUGGUUUUAGAAACUGCUGUACCAUUAGUAUUAUUACAGUAUAAUAAUCAAACACAGAUUAAUUGUAGACGAUGUUUAAUAGAUAUUUUGAAUAUGUUUAUAUCCUGUGCAGCUAGACACAAUACAGAACAAGUAUUAAAAAUCAUACUAAUACACAAAGCAGACCUAAUAUCAACAUAUACAGAAUUGCUCCUCGCGAGAGACAAGGAUAUCAGUUGCUAUGGUAUCCGAGGUGUGGCAGCCAUCUUGAAAUGUAACAAUGUUUUGUCAGAAUCUGAAGCUGAGUUGUUCAGCAAACAUAUUGCUACUAUUCUCUUAUCAAAUUCAGAUAAAAAGAUUCGAAAUGAAUGUGUAAUAACAGUUCAACUAUUAGCUAGUCAAUUUCCUGUCAUUGUUAAAAGUGAAAUUCAAACCAAGUUGAUAGAGAAGCUAAAUCAAGAUCAAAUGGAAAUAGAUGGAGAUUCCAGUGUAAGCAAAGAAGAUUUAAUGGGCAUUAUUACAUCUAUAUCUCAUCAUAAAUUACUUCUCACAGAUAUCACAUACUUUAUAUUUCUACAACUAAAUCAACAGAAAGAUAAAAUCUGUUCAAGUGAAGUGCUGACAUCAUGUUUAUGUUCCAUGGUGGAAAAUAAUAAAACUAAUGGUGAUGUAUUGGACUAUACUAAUACAUCAAUAGUACCAAAUAUAUUACAGUUAAUAGUUGACCAAUACCAGAGCCUAACAUCAAAUGAUAUUGAGCACCUAGCUACCAUACUAAGAAUCUCUUGCACCAACAGUUCAAGCAGCAUUUGCGAAGGUUUAUAUAAGCAGAUAGUUGAUUUAUUUUUACAUGGGAAAUUAAAGGGAAUUACUUUGAAAGAUUUUCAACCACUUCAGAACAGAAGUAAUAAAUCUCAACUGUGUUCACUUCCUUUAGUGACAGCUGUCGUCUGUUCUGUACCUUUAUCAGAAACAAUGGUCAAUAUAGAUGAUAUAGUAUCAUCAGUAAUGUCUAUCUGUACAACAACUGAUGAUCUCACAAUUUGUGAAUAUGGCAGUAAAUGUAUAGCUGGUUUACUCAAUAAAUUAACAGAAUCAUAUAUUGAAGGUAUACUAAUGGACAUAGAUAAAUUAUGGGAUGGAUUAUUUACAGUAAACCAAUCUAGUGAGAAUGUUGAAAGAAGUGUGAUCUUACUGACUUGGAUAACUAAAGCCUUGGUAUUAAGAAACCAUUGCAAAGCUAAAGAAUACAUUCAAAAGUUGUUAGAGUUAUUGAGUGUGGACAUCGUUGGUAGUAUCGUUGCAGAAUAUUUCUAUAUUAUUGUUACACAAUAUAAAGAUAUUUUAAACAGUGAAAUGAGAGCCGAUAUCAAGAUGUUUUAUCAUCAAAGAUUAUUUUUAGAAAAUAAAGAUAGACUGGUUACUGAUUAUCAAGAAUCUGAAAGUGGUGCAAUAAAGAAGAACUAUCUGAUUGUGUUAAGCAAUUUGAUGAAACCGUUACAAAAACAAGUUUUACUACCAGAACUACCAUUGCUGCUACCUUUACUGAUACACUCUCUUGUGUAUGAAGAUAGAAAUUUAAUACAGGUUACCUUGACAACCAUUCAAAGCUUAUGUGAAAAUAAAGAGGGAAGUCUGUUGCUAUGUAAACAUUUAGAUUCUGUAAUACCACAGCUAUUACAACUUUCAAAAUAUUUAUCAGAUAUGAAAAUCAGAAUAUCAGCUUUAAAAUGUUUAAAUACAGUCAGUCAUUUACCAAGUCAUCUGAUAUUACCAUAUAGAAAUACUGUUAUCAAAUCUUUAGUACAAGUUCUAGAUGAUAAAAAACGUUUGGUACGAAAUGAAGCUGUCACAGCUCGCUCUAAAUGGUUUUUGAUAGCUGAACCAGGCAGUUCCUGAUAAAAGUUGAACACUUGAUCAUACUAGUUCUCUUUGUAAAAUAUUCUAUAUAUAAAUAAAUUGAAAGUUAAUUC